AUGGUAAUAAAUUUAUCAAGUCAAAUAUUAUUAAAAGGAGUGCAAUCUCCAGAAUCGUUCACAGGUGCAGAUGAACAAGAUCCAAUUAUAUGGUUACAAGAUAUUGAACAGAUGUUUAAAGCUGCUAGUGUAAGAUCGGAAGGAUCUGGUAUAUUUGAUAAUAACUAUAACUAUGAUGGAUUCAAACAACAACUGAUUAAGGCAUUUACAUCAGCCUCACAACAGCUCAAAAUAUCAAAUAAAUUAGUGAAUCAACGUCAAGGAUUGAACGAAUCAGUUCAAUCAAAGUAUUAUGAUGUACUAUCUUUAUGUACAAUAUUUAAUCCAGAUAUGAGUGAAAAUGAAAAAGUCCUGCAUUUAUUAUGCGAAUUUCUAAUCCUUUCUCGGAUUUUUGGUGAUAUGUAUAUAUAG